GGGGAGGGACUCAAAGACCGCGCUGGAAGCGGAGGGGCGAGCAGCAGCCACCAGCCCACUCCCCAAUUCGGGGCAGGCACUGGAGUCAGCAUGGGGGUGACAGGUGUCAACGGGUUUCCUUGUUGCAGUAAGAAGUCUGUAGAGGUCGUGGAGACACAGAAGCUCCUGAAGGGGAAAGGGAGUGAUGGGGACCAGUUCCACAGCUUGUCCUUCUAUGAUGAGGACGGAUGUACUGAGAGCACAUCUGCAUUCACUUCAGGGGCAAUUUCCCAGAACCCCACUGGCUUCUCCUAUAAGGAGGAACUCAAGAUCGGGCUCUUGGGGGCCUAUAAUGCUCUUAGUCAGCAAGGGUCACAUAUCAGGGCCACAGAGGAGGAGGAGUUGGAAGAGGAGAUAAUGGAGGAGGAGUUGGAUGAGGAGUUGGAUGAUGAGGAGGAUGUGGAGGAGGAGGAAGAGAGGAAGUUGGAGGAGGUGUUGGAGGAGGAGGGGGGUAACAAAGAAGAGAGUGGCAGAGCUACAAACAAGUCUUUGGUGGUGCUGGUGACAGUGGCACACUGGGGCACAAAAGUGGGUGAGGACUUUCAGGAGGACUCUGAUCCCCAGCCUGAGCCUGUGGAAGAUGAGACUGAGCUGUUAGAUGACACCCUUGACCUGGAAGCAGAGCAGGACCUGGACUCGGAGUCUGAGCUGGAGUCCGAACUGGAGCCAGACCCUCGGUUGCUCCCAGAGUCGGAGUCAGAGCUAGAGGAAGAAGACCCUGUCCCAGUCAACGUCUUUGUCCAAGCCUCCAAUCUGGCGUUCAACCUGGCCCCGAAGAACGUGCCGCCGGGGCCCAGAGUAAACGUCCAGAUCCAGACGGCCGUGGGCCCCAAGGGCACCCUGGAGCUGAGCAUCUCCCACGAGCCCCGCAACGCAGAGCCCGCGCCGGUGAAGGACGGCGGGAACCACACCUUCCGGUCGGUCUUCGUGCAGACCUCCAAGCACUUCUUCCGCAUGGACAAGGUGAUGCAGGCGGCCGACGCCAAGCAGCCGUCGGAGGCGGCCCGCCGCCCGUUCCCCGUGCGGGACUGGCCUUUCCAGAAGCCUCGGCGAACGGCCUCCAAGGAGAGCCUGCUCUCCGGCAGCAAGAUGUUGAUGGAGGACAUCAGGGUGCAGACCUCUCACCCCAGCCUGGGCAUCGAAGGCUUUCCGCCCCGGACCCCCGUGCAAGCCCUGCUCCCGGAGAAGGUGCCCGCCGAGGCCCAGUCGCUCUCCUCCCCCAACUUCUCGGAGCCGCUGGACUUCCGGAUGUUCGACUCGCGCCCGACCUCUGCCAGCCUCCCCCCCGCCCUGGUUUCCAGCACCACGACUUCGGGCAGCUCCUCCUGCACGGAGCUGGCCGUGGAGGCCCAGGCUCUGGUUUCCUGCCCGUCGCCCUCGGCGCUGAGAACGGGCUCGAGGUCGCCCCUGACCCAGGGGUCGACCACGGACCUGUCGGUAGCCACCGAGCAGCGCGCCUCCCCCGCGCCCUCGCUGAAGCCGCCCGAGGCCCGGGAGCCCCAGAAGCCCGCGGGCCAGGAGUUCGCCCUGAAGCCGGGCUUCGUCCUGAGCGUGACCAAGCCCCCCUCGGAGAGAGCCGCCAUGGAGGGGGAGGGGAACCGCCUCCAGCCUCCGUCCUUGUCCCCGAUGCCCUCGGCGCCCUGGAAAGAGUGGUCACCAACAGACGACCAGGAGAUCCACAGCGACACAGAAAUGGUGCAGCUGGACCCAAGGUGCUUGGAGCCUGAGGUGGGGGAAGACCCGGAGGAUCUAACCCCCAAGAUGAAGAAGGAGUCUCUGGCCUCCUGGAUCACCCAACAGGCUCGGGGGAGGCCUGCUACAGAAACCAAGCCUCAGAGCAUUGACAGCCCUAUUGCCAAUAGGAGACGGGAUCUCUCUAGCCUCUUUGCACCAGUGGACAUUCCUGCUGAGUAUGAGCAUCCCCUGACCUCUAGGCAGGUGGCAGCCUUCCAGGAUGUCUUCCAACUGUUUAAACCGGGCUCCCAGGGCAAGCUGGACAUGCGGAGCAUGAAGGGGGCACUACGGACCCUCGGCAUCCAGCUGAGCCCACAAGAAGUGUGUGAGGCCCUGAGGCGGGCCGACCUAGACGGUGAUGGGGCCGUUGACUUUGAAGACUUCCUUGGGAUACUGACAGACAAUCACCGCUUUGCCCAGUGUAUGGGGCGGAUGAGAAACAGUCGUAUCAAUGAUCCCCAUGGUCUGGAAACGCUUUUCUUCGAGAUGAUGUCUAAGUUUGUGGGUCAGGGCGCACUGUCCCCCAAGUCAGUGGCGGAGGUGGUGAGCUACUACACAGACAAGCAGAGAGUGCUGCGCAUGAGCUCUUGGUGGAAGGGCCUGAACCACAAACACAACCGAAGCUACCAAUCCCGCUCACACACGGGGCUCAGCUUCUUCUGCCAGGCCACGCGCCUGACUGGUCUCAACAACCGGCAGCUCGCCCGAUCCCUGCACAACCUCCGGGACUUGAAUGUCCAAGGCCCCUAUUCUCAGGUCCCCAACCUGCCCCCUCGGACUCGGUCGACAGAGAGGAGGAUUCGGAGCAGAGGCCCCCGACUGACCAACCUUGCCAGGCCCUGCAAACCCAAGCCGCCUCCGAGAGAGGCACCUCGGCGGGUCCCCGAACCCAUAGCUCAACGGCCCAAAUCAGAAGAGGGGACUGCAGAGCUGGGACCGGCUCCCUCCCCACCCACCCUGGUCCAAAGCCAACUCCCCUCCCCACCCCCUGCUACCCCACAGAGUCACUCUUUACCAAAUGUUUACCAAUAAAGCACUUCCUUAGAGAAAUUAACUUCCUGAAUCUCCCUCACGUAAGGGGGGAGAUGGAGGCUGGCACAAAGAGCACCGCAUCUUCCAAAUCCAUUUAUUCAGUUCCACGUAUAAAAAUAAGGUCCCAGGGGUUUCUCCCUCCCCCCCCCCCCACCUCAUCCCCUACUCCUGUCCUCCCUGCCCCAGGCCGAGGGCAAAGAGUGGCAGGCAUUCAUAAGUUAUAGAUGCC